AUGUCCUCGGGGUCCGGAGGACUACCGGGUGCUGCCGACAUCAUCGACUUGGAUCGCUACAUGCGCGCGGCCGUCCGCCCCGGAGUUUCGCCGAGACACGAGAGACGAGAGCGUCUGGUGGUAGACGCUGGUGGCCGGUGCCGCAAGACGGCCCACUGCCAAGCUAGCAGCGACAGCAGCAGUAGGACGGCCACCGCCAGUGGCAACGCCACGCUGCCCCACGUCAAGCGUUUCUCCCACGACUCGGGCCUCUCGGAUGGCAGCAACGCGCGCCAUAGACAACGAUCGAACAGACGAGUGAGCGGGGAGGCGGCCACACAUCGAUGCAGGGAUACGGCGCGCGCGCGUGGCUCCACUGCGUCUCUACUCGCGUUCCGCACCGCCUGCGAGCGAGCGUUGCGCGAACAACAGGAGCAGAUAGCGCGCGUAGCUCAGCUCUGCGAGCGUUUGGGCGAGCGGCGCAACGAGCGGCGAGUCGACAGGCAAUUACGCAGUGAAAGGCGCACCGAACGAGUGAAACCCGCUCGAACGAAGCCGGAACGAACGAAGCCCGAGCGAGCUAAAGCCGAGCGCACGAAGACUGAGCGAGCGAAGCCGAAGCGACCGAAGCCCGAAUGCUCUACGUCGAGCGUCGAGUCGAGCGACAUCACGUCGAGCAGCCGCAGCGCGAGGGAGCGUCGAAAAGACAAGCAUCGGUCGGAUGAAUGCAAGACGUACAAGAUAAUUAUGAAUAAAUUGGACGAGCUGAGCUUGCUCUUCGCCGCUAGGCGACCGGUGCCGCCGGUCGCUCUGGGCCCAAGGAAACCCUUCUCAGCGCCUCGGGGUGUUUCCUCAGGGUCUGUUUCGGUCUCUGACAAGAUUGUGGCCACAGAUCCAGACCUCCAAGCGUGUAUAACCUCGAGACACAUAUCGCCCACCGUUCAGAUCUUGCUGACGCCCCGUCCCACGGAGGGAGCGGUGGGUUUGCAAAUUCAAACGAAAACUACAGGGACAGCUCCCAUAUCCGGGGGGGAGGAGAAUGUUCGGGAUUACGACUCGGCCCGCACGGAAGGGAAGCGGGCAGACAGGCAGAUGGGUGUCAGCCGGCGUCUGGCGGUGACAAGGGCGCACUUUUUCGAAAUAGCACCGCUGCCCGACAGGCUGCCAAGAUCACCACGGCCCAAUAUCACCACGGAAAGUGUCGUACAGCGAGAUUUUAUUUCAAGCGCCGAGCCGAUGAAUGAACGGCUUACUACCUACGACUUGGAGGAUCCGUUCCGUCUGUAUGCGCAAGCGAAGCGUCUGCAAGCUCUCCAUAUGAAGACUAGGCGUACUCGCAGCGAAGAUCGAACGCUGCACAGCGACAGGGUGGCGGUAAUGGGGGGUGGAGGGGGCACGAGGGGUGCUAGCGCAGCCAGGGUCAGAGGCGAGUGUUCAGAAGAGGACUCUUUAUGCGUACGCUGCCGAAAUUACUGGAGGGCGUUCCGCCAGUGUUUCUGCAGACCGGGACGCGCAUGCGCUUGC